UUAGAAAUCCACAAGUCUAUCACUUUCUUCACCUAUCUGAUCCAGAGCAGUAUUCUGUGGUCUAGCAUACCUUUGUAACUUUUGAUAUUGUAUCGCAACUGGACCCUCUUUCUCUUCUCCGAGUACAACCAAAGCUGCCGGCACUGAUCAACAUCGAGCCGUCUUGCAAAUGAGUCUCAGGGCCAUCUCUCAGGGCUUCUAAAUCGUGCUCGCAUCAUGCAUCCAACCGGAUGUCUUCUUGUCGCGGCUUGUAUCUGGACCGCGGUCUUUGCCUUCAUUCCUUAUGAAUUCAACCUCGAUCUUCCGGCCACCAAACACACCCCGUCUCGUCGCUUUCUGCCGUGGGAAUCACUGAGCGAUACACUUGCCAAAAGUCAAGCCCAGGCCAACACCGACACGCCCAUUACGCUGGAUGUGAAGAGAGCCCCUGUCCGUCGCAGCAAUGACUUCGAUAUCGUCCUAUCCAAGACGCCCUCCUGGCCUAAUACCGCUGCCCUCGACCAGAACGGCAAUGACCUGACGUAUUUCGCAGUGGUUAAGAUUGGCUCCGAAGCGCAGGAAUUCUAUCUGAUGCUGGACACGGGUGGCACGAAUUCGUGGGUCUUCAGCUCCGACUGCACCACCAAAGCGUGCAGCAUGCAUGACACCUUCGAUGCCACGACCUCUUCGAGCAUCAAUGUGACCACAACGGAAUGGAGUGUCGGCUACGGCUCCGGGUCCGCGAGCGGCGUACUGGCCACUGACAACGUGACGCUCGCAGACGUGGAGGUGCAAUUCACGUUUGGGCUGGCCACCAACGCCUCGAACAACUUCGAAUCGUAUGCCAUGGACGGGAUUCUGGGCUUCGGCCGCUCCAACGACACGGCGUACAACACUGCCACCUUCAUGGACGCUGUGGCGGACCAGAAGAACUUCGAUUCCAACGUCGUUGGCUUCGCGCUCUCGCGGACCAAGAGCGGCGAGAAGGACGGCACCGUCACGAUCGGGGGAGUGGACAAGGACAAGUACACCGGGGAAAUCUCGUACACGGACACUGCCAGUGAAUCAGGGAACUACUGGCGCAUCCCAGUCGACGAUGUCUAUGUCAACGGAGACGCCUGUGACUUCACCGACAAAUCUGCCAUCAUCGAUACGGGAACAUCGUACGCCAUGCUCCCCUCCAAGGAUGCGAAGACGCUGCACGCGCUCAUCCCGGACGCCACCGCCUACGGCGACUAUUUCCUGCUUCCGUGCAACUCCACUGCCAAGGUCCAGGUCGCCUUCUCCGGGGUCAACUACACCAUCUCACCGGAGGACUACAUCGGCUCCGAGUACAACUCUAGCUGCAUCUCCACGAUCGUCAGCUACGAUCUGUUCGGAGACGACAUCUGGCUCCUGGGCGACGUCUUCCUGAAGAACGUCUAUACCGUGUUCGACUUCGACGCGUCGCGGGUGGGUCUGGCUGUCCGUGCCUAUAACAAGAACACCACAGCCUCCAGCUCCAGCAAGACCAGCAAUUCAUCCUCUGGCACGUCGACCGGGUCUACUGCAUCUUCUAGCUCGACCAGUUCCACCGGUGGGGUCGCCAGUGGCGCAACGUCCCAGUCGGGCUCCAGAUUCUACCUGCCUGCGUUUGUGGUCGUCUUAUGCACGGUUCUGCUCUAGACGGCUUCCAACCAAACUUUGGCUUUCUUGCACAUAUUGGGUAAAAGACCAUUUCAAUUCUUCAUCUACUGUAGUAGAUUGCGCCUCUGCACGAGCAUUGCCGAAGAUAACCCAUGUGGUAGUCUAUUAAUAGCCUACAAAUAGAGUUGAUCUUCCUGACCCAAACCUUAAAUUCCGAGCUAUC